AUGCCUUCCUCAAACAAGAUGCUAUUUUUCAUUCUCAGUGCGAACCUGACUGCUCUAGCUGUUGGGUUCCUGGGGUGGGGCAUGUCAACAGGGUGGGCUCAGACGACCAUGGAGUGUACAACUGCUGGAACAAGCUUCUUUAAUGGAACCGCUAUGAUCACUUUUAAGCUUUUUGAAGGGAUAUUGAGCAGAUCCUUCUGCCCUUCGUUUGGGGAGAAGGAUGUCAUUUUUCAAGUGGUUCCUACGCUGGGAGAAUUAGAUGGCCCUGUCCCGGUGGCGCUGCACACUCUGGGCUUGUGCCUGUUGGCCCUGUGUUUGCUGUUCUCCGCCGGCAGCAUCCUCAUCGGCAUCUACAACUCUGUCAGCAACCCUUACGAGACCUACAUGGGGCCCAUGGGAAUCUAUGUCUGCAGCUCUGUCAGCACAAUCCUGUCAGUUGUCGUCCUCGUCAUAUUUGUGUCGAACGUCUACGUGACCAACAUGGCAGAGGGUGUGGUGGAAAACUACGCCGAUGGCGUUCCCGUGGAACUGAGGAACAGGUCGUCAGAGUUGCUGCUGGGAUACUUCCUGGUCAUCCCAUACACGGUACUCUCUCUCUGCGCCAUCCUUGUGAUAUACUUCUAUGAGCACGCGGCCUAUAAACAAAGGCAAGAACAGCAGAGGCCCACUGAGGACGCGCCCAAGGAGAUUAUGAUGUACUAA